GCACUUAGUCGCUUUAUCAUUCUAUUGAAAAUUUACAAAUAUCAGUAUCAUUGGUGCUGCUACUCUUUAAUUUUCUAGUAAACUAGGUUAUGCUAUAAUACGUGUGUCCACGUAAUAACAUACCAUAAUAAUUUAUAUAAUCUUUAUAUAAAAAUACGUGAUAUACCUACGUUAGAAAAAGAAUGAAAAAAUUAAAUGCGUUAGUAAUAAAACGAAUGGAAAUGAAUCGAAAUAGAUCGACCAAAAUUUUUGUCCCUGAGUAAUUUCGAGUAAGAGAAUUAUUAUUAUCGAGAUUCUUGGACAUUCAUUGAAGAAAAAAAAAAAAAAAAAUAAAACGAAAUAAUCAAAUUUUUGAUAAAAUAAAAUAUUUAAAGAAAAUCAAAUUUAUUAUUAACAGAAUGCUAUUAACGAUCAAAAGAAAAUAAUUCUGGUUUUUAUAAUCGAUAAUGAUAUUCGUUAAAUCUAGUAAGUCCUGCAAGUUUUGCUUUGUCAUUAUCGGAAGGAUUCAAGACUAUAUGACAUUUCAUGGUUUCCCAUGCUGUGAGCUUAUAAUGUGAUAUCAUUGAGAAUUUAUUUUUAUUCCACAAGAUUAUGACUAUAAUCAUGUAGAAUUUAGUAUAAGGAAGAUGACGCCUCAUUUUGUAGCUCUGACACCCAUAAGAAGACGAUGUUUAAUCAUACUUUCAAUAGUAUUAAUACCAUGCGCCAUUUUAAAUCUUUUAUCACCAUCAGAGUUGCAUGAAGAAACAGUCUUACAAAAUAGUAUUGCAGAAUUACAAGCUAAAUUGGAACAUUUACAUGCUAAAUAUGUUACAAGUCAGGAAGAAAUAAACUUAUUGUCACAUCAAUUAUUGCAAUUAAUAGAGAACAAUCAUAUUUUACCAGAUCUUCAAUUUUUACUUAACAAUACUACAUCAAAUGUAACCAAUAUAAAAUUACCAUCUAUAUAUAACUUUCUUCCUCAUUUUUUGAAUGAUCCUAAUAGUCUACGUCCAGCAUUUGUACAGAGUAAAGGCCGUACUGGAGUUAGUAUGGUACUUGGUGUACCGACAGUUAAAAGAGAAGUACAAAGUUAUUUAAUGGCCACACUUAAGAACUUAUUGGACCGUAUGAAUUCUAUGGAGACAGCAGAUACUUUAAUUGUUGUGUUAAUUGCUGAAACAGACUUAGAAUAUGUAACAUAUGUUGCAAAACAAAUUGAAGUUCAGUUUCCAAUCGAAUUUGAAGCUGGUGUAAUUGAUGUAAUAUCUCCAUCUGCAUCUUAUUACCCAGAUUUAUCUAAAUUGCGUGAUACUUUAGGUGAUGACCAUCAAAGAGUAGUUUGGAGAUCAAAGCAAAAUUUAGAUUUUGCAUUUCUUAUGUCAUAUGCUCAGACAAAAGGAACAUUUUAUGUACAAUUAGAAGAUGACAUUUUAGCUAAAAAAAAUUUUAUAACAACAAUGAAAUCUUUUGCACUACAAAAGAUUGCAACUAAAGAAAAUUGGUUUGUUUUGGAUUUCUGUCAAUUAGGAUUUAUUGGAAAGUUAUUUAAAUGUGCAGAACUGCCAUGGUUGAUUCAAUUUUUUUUAAUGUUUCAUAAUGAUAAACCUGUUGAUUGGUUAUUAGAUCAUUUGGUAUCAACUAAAGUUUGUAGUCUUGACAAAGACAGCAAACAUUGUAAAAUGGCUAAAGCAGAAUUAUGGGUUCACUACAAACCUUCCCUCUUCCAACAUAUAGGAACACAUUCAUCAUUGAAAGGAAAAGUACAGAAAUUGAAGGAUAAACAGUUUGGAAAAAUAACGUUAUAUUAUGCACAUGAAAAUCCAGAGGCAAUAGUGGAAACACAAAUUAAACCUUACAAACAAUAUACAUUACAGAAGGCCUACAAAGGUGAAUCAUUUUUUUGGGGUCUUUUGCCACAACCUGGAGACCAUUUAAAAUUCAAAUUUUCCCACCCUAUUUUUAUAAAAAGGUACUUAUUUAGAAGUGGAAAUCCCGAGCAUCCAUCUGAUAGAUUUUAUAACACUACAGUAGAGGUCUUUACAAAGAUGUCUGCAACCAUGAAUAGAAAUACUAAUGAUGUUACAGAGGAUGGAUAUACUAUUAUAGGAAAAUUUGAUGCACUUGGGAUUGCUCAAGGCACAGUAGAUCCAAAAUUAGGAAAAGUAUUCGCACUUCGUUUGACAGUACACAGUGAAAGUGAAAAUUGGGCCAUCUUAUCUGAGAUUCAUAUAGUCGAAGAUCAUCCUAGUUGACCUUCGGAAAAAAUAUUUCGAAAAUUUUUUCGAGACCAUUUACAGGGAUAAUAUGUAUAAGAGUUAAUUAUUAAAUUAUUUUUAAUUUUA